UUGCAGUGGCAAAUUUUACAUCAAAUAGUUCCAAGCGUGUGCAAAGAGUUCUGGUUGACGAUUUAACUAAACUUUGUAUAGUUGUCGCCCCCACCGCAGCCACCGAAUCAGUUUUUAAGUUAUGAAAGAGCCGGGUGCUAAAUCGACAGAGAUUGACGAUGAGAAAAUGGUGUAACGACAAUAAACUGUGUCGACGAGCUAAACAUUACCCAGAAGCACAGUGAGUACGACUGGUUGAGCAUGUUUUCAUCCAAAGAUAACGCGGAAAAGUGGAAAAUAAAGCUUGUCGGGUGCGGGGCUAAAAUUUAGUUAGCUCUGACGGCGACGAAGUCUGAAUGUUAGUUGGUGAACGUUUGAUCAAAUAUUCAGAACUCGAGGACCGUUUGGACGUAGUGUUGGUGUUUAUUGACAAUUUAUUAAAUAAAUAAUGAAACCCUUCGAAUGCGAAUCGUCUUCCGAAAACGAAGAUACAGCGCACGCCAUCUCUCGGGACGCGAUCCAAACGCCGCAGUGGUUGCGAGGAAACUCUUUGGCUAAUAACUGGGCAUGGCAAUGCGCUCCGGGCAACGCGGGAGCAGCCAGUUCAUCAAAUAUCUCUGAACAGCAGCACAAUUUUUCAUCGUUCGGGUCGACGAACGCGCAAGAAGAACCACAGAUUGUCGGUCGCAGAACGCCAUUGGGAGCGGUCGAGUUGAGCGGGUUCUACUUUCAAGGGUGCCAACAGAACGCGGGACGCGAACCUCAGUCGGACGAAAAUAAUCCCGAUCCGGGUUGUUCCGAUCCGAACAACACCAGGUGUCUCGAGUCGCGGAUAUCGAAUCCCGGUUUUUCGAAUUCCAAAAAUAAGAACCGUCAAGGAAAAUCGGUGAGGUUGAAUAUCAACGCGAGGGAACGGAGAAGAAUGCACGAUCUAAACGACGCCCUCGAUGAAUUAAGGGCGGUUAUUCCUUACGCCCAUUCACCGUCGGUGAGGAAGUUGUCCAAGAUCGCGACGCUUCUUCUGGCGAAGAACUACAUCCUCAUGCAGGCGAACGCGUUGGAGGAGAUGAAGAGGCUUAUCGCGUAUUUGCAAGGAACUGCCAGCGCGGCCGGGGCUAUAGUGGCACCGCCAGGAUUCGAUUUGCAGGGUUUUCCUGCGGCUGCGAAAUUCCUACAACAGCAGCAGACUCUUCAACUCGAGAACGCUGCAAGAAAUAGCGAGAGCAACUUGGGCGGGUCGAGUUCUACGGCAUAGGUCUACCUGG